AUGCCCAGCCAUCCAUAUGCCAACGGUGCCAUAUAUACACAGUAUCUUAAUUCAUCUUCUGAGCAUGGUCUACAACAUCCCCUCAAAAUGUCUGAUUAUGCUGGACCACAUCCAUCAGCCUACGACCCCCAACUCCCUUCUAAUACUGCUACAAACGAUGUCAGCAUGCGUCAUAGGCUGCCUCCGCGGGCAAUGCAGCCGGGUGCAAUUUCACAUCCUUACGCCACUGCAUUGAGCGAGCCGGCAAACUCACAUGCACAGCAGCCUAGUAACUCUGUCCUUCCUACCCUUCCGGUCCCACCAACCGCUGUGCAGGAAGACAAUGGUUUCACACCUGAUAACCACAUAUCCAUCAGUAGUCCUGACUUCGAGAAGUAUGGCGUUGGUGAGGUUCUUGUAUUUGCUGCGCCAUCGCGAGACGAGCAGGAAAGUGACUCCGAGGAUCAAUCUUUGGGAACCAUCAUCCCGUGUCAGCAGGAUACUCUGAGUCGAAUCAUAGACAAAGGGAAGGCCAAAGACCUGACAUCUACACCCAUAGCCUCCGGUCAUAGUCAAUCCCGGCUACCCAUUUCUGAUUCUGUGGUCGUUUCCACUCGUCCCCCGAGUCGGAUAUCUGUGACAGCAGUCGAAGGCAGGGACUCCGCCUACUCUCCUGGUACCCUCCGUACCACGACCAACAUCACCUCCGCACAUCUUGUUAUUUCAGCUUUGGAUAAUGAUGAUUUGGACGAAUUUCAAGAUUUGUUCUACAGGCCUCCCCAGAACAGGUUGUCCAGUGGAAAAUCUAGCGUAAAACAUCAGGACACAAGCGAAACCAGCAGGGGUAUACCGUCGGAUAUCCAUAGCUCUUAUUCUGGGAGCGCGCUCACCAACCUCAUGCGAAGUAUGAGCGAGAUUGGAGAGCUGCAUGUCGCGGCCUCGGAUAUCUCCUAUGGGCAAAGAUCGGGCGGACCAGGGGAUCAACGAUCGGAUGAACUAUCUCAAACGUAUAUCUUCAUGGACAUGUCGAGGACUUCUUCACCGGUGCAGGUCGAUCCCUGUGCUGUUACCCAAUCGCCAGCCCAGCUUUACGAUGCACCUUUUGAAAUGGGUGUUCCAGAAGAUAUCGAAUCCUCUCGAGCGUCUUCUCUUUUGAUCGUCUCACAAGAGAAUGACACUUUUGGUCACCCCAUCCGACAAGAUGUCGUUGACGCUGCAGGAACAUCCACCAUUCACCAGGGCUCUUAUAGAUCCUCUACAUACGCUUCGAUCCAUGAUGCCGCCGAAGAAGCUGACCUGGUCAGCCCCAUCACGCCAAUGCAAUCGCCGCCCGUCUCCGCCGAUGCCAUGCGGUCGAGCUACAUGACCAGCGGGUCUGAGUACUCACGCAUGUCCACCCUCUCCGAUUUCCCCGACCCUCCCGCGCGAAUAAAUGUACCACCUAACCAACCCUCCAUCCUUCAGGUUUAUGUCGACGCUCCUACGCCACUUCAACAGUCGGAGAGCUUUCAGGGGACCGAAUGUCCUCAAUCUGGGUCCCGCGUCUUCAGCUUGGAGAGCCACCACACAACCUUCGGUGGUAGUGACGACAUGGAUAUCAUUACACAAGUUCACAGGUCUGAGCUUUGA